AUGGAUCAAAUAAUUGAUCAAAUUACAAUUAAAGAUUUAGAUUAAGGAUCAAUCAUUUAUGAUAUCGACUCUUCUAUUAUUAAACUCAAUAAAUUACAACAUUGGGAUCUUUAUUGGCAGCAUCUAUAUGAAACUCAUAAAUUACUUUGUAGGGCUGCAUAAGAAAAUGAUUUAAAUUAGUUAAAAAUUCUAUUGUCACCAAAAUAUCAUUUACCUAUUGAUAUCAAUAUGAAAUUAGAAGAGUAAUGGUCUUGUUUACAUUAUGCAGCUAUGGAAGGACAUAUUGAAUCAUGUAGAUUAUUACUACAGCAUCAAGCCUAACCAGACAUUACUAAUGUUUAAUAAAGGACUCCAUUACACAUAGCAGCUAUUAAAGGAUAUUUAGAAAUUUGUCAAUUGCUUAUAUAAUAUAGAACAUCUAUAAACUUAUUUGAUUAUUAAUACAAUUCUCCUUUGCAUCUUGCAUCUCAAAAUGGUAAUAAAGAAAUAAUAGAAUUAUUAUUGGAUCAUGGAGCUGAUUAUAAUAUUAGGAAUCAUUUUAAUUUAAAUGCUUAUGAUAUUAGUAUUGAUUAACAAACCUAAGAAAUAUUUGAUAAGAGAGGACUCUAUCAAGAUUAUCAGAAAAGAUCCUUCAGAGGAGUACACAAUAGAAAUGAUCACAUAAAGAAUUUAUUAAAAUUAUCAGAUCGAUUAAGUACUCAAAUAAGUUAGACUAAAAUUAGUAAGAUUGAAAUUUAAUAAGUUGGACCUCAAGAUUUUGCAGUAUUAACUUAAUUGGGUAAGGGAUCUUUUGGAUAAGUAUAUUUAGUAUAAAAGAAAGGGAAUACUAAUUAUUAUGCAAUGAAAAUUUUAAUAAAAAGAAAAUUAUAAGCAGCAGGAAUAGUUAAAUAUAUUUAAACUGAGAGAAAAAUCUUGACUUAUGUUACCUCUCCAUUUAUAGUAAAAUUACACUAUGCUUUUUAAACAGAAAAUAAACUCUAUAUGAUUUUAGAUUAUUGUCCAGGAGGUGAUUUAGAAUAAUUAAUGAAUGAGAGAGGGAAAUUACCAGAAAAAGCAACUAAGGCUUAUGCUUGUGAAAUAUUAUUAGCUUUAGAAACAUUACAUUAAAAUUGUAUAGUGUAUAGAGAUUUGAAACCAUCAAAUGUUGUAAUUGAUAAAGAUGGUCAUGCUUUAUUGACAGACUUUGGAUUAUCAAAAGAAUUGAAUGCAUAAAGAGCUACAAGUUUUUGUGGUAGUUAUGCUUAUUUAGCACCUGAAAUGUUAGAUAAAAGUGGUCAUGGAUAUCCAUUAGAUUGGUAUUUAUUUGGAGUAUUUAUUUAUGAAUUAGUUCAUGGUAAUCCUCCAUUUUAUGAACGAGAUAAAAAUAAAAUGUUCAACAAUAUCAAGACCAAUGAACCACCAAGACCAGAUAAUAUAAGUGAUGAAUUAUGGGAUCUUUUAAAGAGACUAUUAGAGAAGAAUUAAUCAAAAAGAUUAGGAUCAAAGGAGGAUGCUGAAGAAUUAAAAAAGCAUCCUUGGUUUAUAAAUGUUAAUUGGCAAUAAGUUAUAUAAAGAAAAUAACCAGUUCCUAAAGCAACUUUAAGAAGUGAAAAUUGUGAUUUAGAUUUGAAAGUAACAUUCUCAGAAUAAGCAUAAAAAUCUGAGAGAUCAAAUUUUAUUCAUGAUUGGGAUUAUUGA